GCUGACGACGGAGAGUCAGAACAUGAGGCAGGAGCUUCAGAACAGGGACGUGGCGAUCGCAGAGAUGAGAGGACAGCUUCAAGGUCAGCAGCAGGCUCAGCAGCAGGCUCAGCAGCAGCGGGUAGCCCCGCGCGGCGAGAUGAUGGAUCCGAAGAUCCUUCACAAGGUGAAGCCGUUCGACGGCCAAAGGUCGAGCUGGAAGACGUUCAGCUUCCAGUACAGAGCGUACCUGAUCGCCCAGGAUCGGAGGUACCGAGAUCUUCUGGAAAGGUGCGAGGACGGAGCCCAGGAGGUGGACAACGUCAACCUGGACCCGCAGGAGGAAGAACUCAGCACGCAGUUGUACUACGGCCUGGUCCUGGCCAUGCCCGAGGACUCGGUGGGCGAGCUGAUCGUGAGGAACAGCCCAGUAGGAGAAGGAGCCGAGUGCUGGAGGAAGCUUCAGAAGGAGUACAACCCGAGCGAGGCAGGCAACGUGCUGGCGAUGUGGACCAAGCUCACGGACACGAAGUUCGACGCCAAGGAAGACGUGAUGGUGAGCAUCAGCAAGCUGGACGAGGACAUGGCGAGGUACCAGAAGAUGGCAGGAGAGCCCGUCUCGGACCUGAUCAAGCGCGGCAUCCUCACAAAGGCGCUGAAGGAUCACGACGAGCUGCAGAAGCACGUGUUUCGGAACAGCAGUCGGUUAAGUACGUACGAGCUUCUGAGAGCCGAGGUAGUGUCGGCGUUGAUGGCAGAGCGAGCGGUUCAGGACGACCCGAUGGAGAUCGGAGCGCUGAAGGGCGGAAAGAGACCGUGGAAAGGCCGCGGCAAAGGGAAAGACGGCAAAGGCAAGGAGAAGCCAACGAAUCCCGACGCCGAGAUCGAGUGCAACUACUGCCACAAGAAGGGCCACCGCAGCGCAAACUGCCGAAAGCGGAUCGCCGACGAGAAGAAGACAGCCGAGAAGGACAAGAAGGACAAGAAGCAGUUCCGAAAAGAGAAGGCAAAAGAAAAGAAGAAGAUCGGGGCAGCGGCAGUCAGGGAGCUCGAAAGGUUACGACAGACAGGAGUGGGCACAGGUCACAAGAAGCGCAACCACACGAUCGACUGGAAGUACUGCUUGCCUGGCUACUACCAAUAUGACUGCUGCUCUUGCAAGAAGACCUUUGAAGGAUGGCGAUGGCACUACGAUCAGUGGCAGCUGGACUACUGUGCCGUGUGUGCCGAGUACUGCCUGGACAGCUUCAAGGACGGGGAAGAGCCAGACGACAACAAGAAGCCAAAGCCAAAGAAGCGCAAGAAAGCUGCGGUGAGCCCCGCGCUGGCCGGCCCCAGGCCUGUUACCAUCGCUGGUCUUCGGCCCGUGGAUGAAGAUCAGAGCCCUGCGGAUGACCGAUUGCGGUUAGCCCCGCUUCGGAAUGCGAUCAUGCUAGAUUCAGGUGCGCAGAUCAGUGCGAUACCGAGGUCACAGGUGACCAAGCACAACUACACGCCGACGGACAGCAACGUUGUCGGCUUGAAGGGCAUAGGAGGCGAGGAGAUCGAGAGGUACGGCCACGUGGAGCUGAACCUAUCCCGAGGAGGAGAGGUCACUGGAUCAUCAACGGUACCAUCGAGCCACCUGACGGAGCUGAGUUCGUACCUCUACGUCGUCACCAAGGAACCAGCUGAUGAGAACAAGAUCCCGAAGGUGGUGUUCGACAUCUUUUACGUAGGGACGGACCAGCUGGCUGCGAAGUACAAGCUUAAAGGAGGUUACUUCAGCAUCAGGGAGAAGACGUCGAUCACGAAGGCCGAGAUAGACCAAGCGGUCUCUGUCUUGAAUGUUAUCGACUGUAAGAUCUUGGCUCAGGCGACGUUGUACGCGAACAAGGAGAUGGAUGACUACAAGGUGUCCUUCCUGCUAGGCGUGCUGGAAGCUUGGGGUCACACAACAGUCAUACUUCAGACAGACCAGGAGCCUGCCACCAUGGCUCUGGCGCAGGCAGUUCGAGAUCGCAGAUCACACUCAACCUUGGUGCGGGGAUCACCGCCCUUUUCCAAGCAGAGUGCAGGCUACGCUGAAGGAGGUAACAAGCUAGCAGCUGGUCUACUUCGAGCCUACAAGCUGAAGCUGGAGCACAAGCUGGGCAGCGAGAUCAAGAUGACGGAUCCGAUCGUGCCAUGGCUUGUGAACUCGGUGGGGUGGAUGAUCACCAGAUUCCAGCCUCGCAGUCACGGAGGUUCCUCCUACAAGAUGCUCUACGGCAAAGAGUACAACGGCGAGAUUGCGGAGAUGGGUGAGCAGGUCUGGUAUCGGAUCUCAGCCCGAGUUGCCGCGGGACGUGGCAAAUGGGAAGCCCGCUUCGCAAAAGGAAUCUGGGUUGGUAAGAGCGAGCUGGACGACACACAUCUCGUGAUUGAUCCUGAACGUGGAGUGCAGAAGGUCAGAACGGUGCGAAGGAUGCCUGAGGAGUUCAGGUGGCAGCCCGAGCUCAUCCAGCACAUCAGGGUGACGCCCUGGAAGCAGACGCCCGACAAGAGUUCAGGAACCAUCGGACGCAGCAUGUACAUCACGGAGCGCAUGAUCGAUGCUCAUGGUCCUACCGACGAUUGCAGGAAGUGCAGUACAGGAUACGGUUCGCAUUCGGCAGCCUGCCGACAGCGUUUCGAGACCAUUCAGGCCGACUUGCUGCGCGAGAAGUUGGCGAAGGACCCUGUGGCCCCUGAGGCUACAGUCGUGGUGCCAGCGCCGGCUGCGGGAAGCCCCGCGCCUGGAGCCGCACCCGGAGGAGCAGCGGCAUCAAGCAGCAGUGAGGUUGCGGUGAGCCCCGCACCUGCUGCCAGCGACGUAGCUAUGGUUCCUGGCCCAGGAGAGGCUGAGGUGCAGACAGCCAUGGACACGGAGAGUGGAGAGCUCAGGAGCGACUUUCGGCGAAGUGCCCCAGGUGAAGUUCGUGAAGGAGCUGAGGUCAAGAAGCCCAGGGUAGCAAGCAUUGGGCAUCUCUCUGUCUGCGAGUUGGCAGUCUGCGAGGAGGGCUACGACGAGAGCUUCGACCCCAUGUGGGUGGAGCAGAUGGUUGAGGUGAGCGCCGAGCUGCAUGAGAAAGACCAGUGGAGCCCAAAGACGAUACACUACGAUUACUACACUGGAGAGCCUCUGGAUGAGGACCUGUAUCAGAAGGGUCGCGACGACGAGCUGCAGGCCAUGAAGGACUACGGGGUCUACGUGGAAGUGGCGACAUCGACGGCGACCGACGGCAAGCACAUUGGAGGUUUCCCGAUAGCCCACAUGAAAGAAGGAAAGGUCAGGUGGAGGUUCGUAGCAACCGAGGUGAACAAGUACGAGGUCAGGGAGGACAACCACCAAGGCACGCCCCCGCUCAUGAUUGUCAGAGCGACGCUGAGCCGUGCCGCUUCAAGUCCAACUUCCAGCGGGCAGCACCUGCGGAAGAUACAAGUCUGGGACGUCAGGAAGGCUUUCUUCAACGCUGACUUAGACGAGACGAUCUACGUGCAUCCUGGGAGAGAGCUGUGUCCGCCUGGAAGGUGCUGGUGGUUACGCAAGGCCAUGAACGGCACCAGGAAGGCGUCGCAGAUGUGGGGUGAGCUUGUGAGAACUACUAUGGACGACGGUCAUUGGGAAUGCUUGGUCGGAACUCCUAACGUGUUCUACUUACCUGCUAGCCCCAACACAGCCCCCUUCGACGAGGAUAGCACAGCGAUCUGCCAUGGCGAUGACUUUCUUGCUGAAGGCUACGACGAGCAGCUGGACGAGCUGGACGAGUUGUUGAAGCAGCAGUUUGAGGUCACGGCCAGCGCCAGACUUGGACCAGGAGCGGUAGGGCAGACUACAUACCUCAAGAGGACGAUCGGCUACACCGACAAGUUACCAGGUUGCGAGGAGCCAGGUUUCUUCUGGACUGCCGAUCCCAAGCAUGUGGACUUCAUGAUCAAGUGGACGCAGAAGCGAGGACUUCAGUGUAAGACUUACCUGAUCGAGACCCAGAGGCCCUGCAACCUGAAGAUCUAUAGUGACAGCACAGCUGGACGUGGGAUGUGCAGCCGAGUUGGGGUGGGCAAGGUCAGGCACCUGGAGUUGAGGUACUUGUGGAUUCAGGAGCGGUUGCGUCUCAAGGCGUUCGAGCUUCACAAAGAGGACACCAGCAAGAUGACAGCCGACAUGCUCACGAAGUACAGCGAGUGGCCGACAAUCGAGAAGCAUUGCACCACUCUCAACCUCAGGUUCGGAAAGCAGUUGAAGGGCUUGAGCGCGAUGGCAGUUUUCACGGAGGUCGUGACGAAGGUGUCAGGCGAGAAGGUGACAGUGUACGGAGGUUCUGACGAGGUUGCGGUUUGCCCCGCGCCUGUCAGCCACUACGUGGACAGCGAGGAGUUCUGGUUCUUCCUGAAGUUGGGACUUGUUGUGGUGACUGCAGCCAGUGUGUUUUUACUGGGGUGCUGGUGUGGUUGCUACUUCAAGAACUUCUACGACAAGUUCCUCCUCCAGGGUGCGGUUAACCCCGCCUCUGGAAGCACUUGCACACCAUCUGCGCGGGCUGACGUCGAGUUCAAGACCGUGUGUGUACAGCAGGACAAAGGAGCAAGGCACAAGCUCUUAAGCACGUUUCUUGUAGCUGACCUGCGAGCUGUCUUGAAGGCCAAGAGCCUGGCCGUGUCAGGGAUCAAGGAGGACCUGGUCACGAGGAUGAUCAAGCACGGGUGUGUUCUGUCGGAUCGCCAGGCCAAAGAGAUCGAGCAGCUGCGGGUGAUGGCUACAGCGCGUGGACCUCUUGCCAAGCUGAGCUUGCAGGACAUCAGCAGUCCAGAGGCCGCGCAGAAGUGGAUCGAGACGUUCAAGAGCGAGUGCUGA